AUGAAUAACACUUUAGAAGAUGAUCCAGCUCAAUAUCAAGUCACUGACAACUUUUUUUUCUGUUUACAAGAAUUUUUCAUUUUCUGUUUAAUGUUCCGCCGAAAAUUUGAAAUGGAAAAUCUUUUUGCAAUAGAAAUAAAUGUUUUCUGUCAUGUGGUAAAUUGGCAGACUUUAAUUUAUGUUUGCGUUGCUUAA